AUGACCUGGCUUUUAUGGAUCCUCAUGAUCCCGAUCGCAGUGCUGUGGUGGUUCUCGAAGCCGAUCUUGGUUGCUCUGGUUCCAGACGAAGAGACAGCAUCACUUGCCGCGCUAUAUCUACGGGUGCUAAUCAUCGGCAUGCCUGGUGUCGCUGCUUUCGAGAGCGGCAAGCGAUUCGUACAAUCUCAGGGACUCUUCCACGCGACGACGUAUACCUUGCUCAUUGGUGCACCACUGAGCUUCUUCCAAAACUGGCUGUUCGUUUUCAAGUUCAACUGGCACUUUGCUGGAGCAGCUACGGCUAUGGCCAUCACCCAGAACUUAUUGCCACUUCUACUUAUUCUAUACGUUCGAUUCUUUGAAGGCGCAGAAUGCUGGAAAGGGUUCAGUAAAAAGGCUUUUAACAAUUGGGGCCCGAUGAUUAAACUGGCUCUACCUGGAAUGAUCAUGAUCGAGGCUCAGUUCUCGGUUUUGGAGAUUCUCACCAUCGCUGCAGGUCAGUUCGGAACCGCGCAGCUUGCGGCCCAGAGCGUCCUGGUCACGGUCACGUCUACCUCAUUCAACAUACCGUUUCCGCUCGCCAUUGCGACCUCGACUCGUGUUGCAAAUCUCAUUGGGGCCCAUCUGAGCGACGCUGCGCGGAUAACUGCCAAAGUGGCUAUCGUCGCCGCAUUCAUUGUUGGCUCCUUCAAUCUUACCAUCUUUGCCACUCUCCGCCGAGUUCUUCCUCAGGUCUUCACGAAUGACGAUGAAGUCAUAGAUAUUGUGUCACAAGUCAUCCUCGUCUGUGCUGUCAUGCAGAUUUUCGACGCCUUAGCCGCUGUUUCUCAUGGCAUUCUUCGCGGUGUCGGACGACAAUCGAUUGGGGGAUACGCGAACCUCUUCUCAUACUACCUAGUAGCGCUACCUAUUUCGUUGUCGACGGCUUUUGCAUUGGGUUGGAAGCUGAGCGGUCUAUGGACUGGCUUAACUUGUGGACUUGCCGUAGUAUCGGCUUUGGAGCUGAUAUAUCUUUACAAUGCCGAUUGGGAGAUUGCUGUUGCUCAAGCUGAAGCACGAAUGCGCUCAGAGGAUGCUAAUCCCGAGCACAAAGCAACGGAUGAUUCGUGA